AUGAAGACAGAAUCUUCAACAAUUACUGUCUCUGAUAUUACACCUGACAAAUUCGAUGAACUUUUCUCGAAACAUAAGAAAACUCUUUCAUGUCCAUGUUCAACAAUCAGCAUGCCUCAUAAAGUUUUUGUUUUCAAUAUAAUUAAACGUCAUCCUGUUUGUAAGAGUAUUUUCGUUAAUCAGUCAUGGAUUGAAGCAUUAUAUUUAUUAAACGCAAAUCGAUAUGGAAUAUGGGAUUUUCGAACAACAGCUAGUUCUCAGUUUGCACUUUUGUCUAAUUUUUGUUCAAUCGCUGAAGAUGCCGUUUUUCAUAUUGAAAAUGAUGUUGGAAACAACGAUUUUAUUACCACUUAUCUUCUUACCGACACACAAAUUCAAUUCGAAGUGAAUAGUACGACGGAAUCUUUCAAAAACAGUGCAUCUGCUCGAAUAACUAUGUUCUUGAACUAUUUAAGAACAACUAUACGAGAAAACUAUUUAGUGUCAGCUCUUAAUACAAACUUAAUAAUGAAAAUAUGCCCCGAUUGUUUUGAUGUGGUUCGUCCACUUGCAUUCCCAGUAAUGUAUAAUUCUACAAAUGGAGGCUUUGUGUCCUGUAAUCAAGGUAAUCCAACUAGUGUAGCUACUCUCAAUCCACUGUUGAAUGAUUCCGUGACUUUGGAACGUAUACGGAAGUUUGAAUCUAUGCCAAAUUCUACAAUUGUCAGUGGAUUCUUUGCAGCAUGUACUCCUCUCGAAGCUCUUCUUCAGAGUACACUCGAUUGUUUAUAUGAAAUCGAGUGUCUGCACUUAUUAUUCGGUUAUUUUCCAGCGCUUAACCAUAUGGGCGUUAACUGGACCGACUCUGUUCUGACUUCGAAACAACAAAAUCUUUCUGUAAACGACUAUUUCAAUAAUCUUUUUAUUGAGGAGUGGUUGACAAAAAUAAAUUAUACACAAUAUUUUAAUGAAUGUCAUCCUUCAGUCUGUACAUUCACGGCAACAGAUCGAGCUGAUAUCUCUUAUGCAAUUACUCUUUUCGUUAGUCUCUAUGGUGGUCUCGUGAUAAUACUUCGUUUAAUUGCAUCAUUUUUAGUAAAUGUCUCAUUAAAAUUCAAACAUCGUUCAAGAAACGCAAGUGUGCAUUUCGGUUCAAUUAUUGUUCUUCUUCUCUUCAAUUCAUUGAGUACUCAUACAGAUACAGUGACUAUUCCAAAUCCGUCAUUGAUUAUGUAUAAAGAUUUACAGACGUUGUACUCAGCUACACUCAAUUGUCCUUGUUUAACCAAGGCUAUCUCUUAUCGUUCAUUCGUUUCAUUAUCUCCAACAUUACAUCAAGUGUGUUCAAGUGGUUUUGUUAAUGAUGACUGGUUUGCAUUAUUAAAAAGAAGCGCCAUUACAGAUCAUCCUAAUGAUUGGCGUAAUCGCGCUCCGCCACAAUUUCAAUUGUUGUCUGAUUUUUGUCGGCUGGCUAAUAAAACGAUUGAUGAUAGUGUUAAUCGCUUUCUGAAGCAGUUCUUUAUUGCUUCAACUGUAUUUAAUGAAAUCGAUCUCGAUACACAAUUAAAUGCAACUCUCAGACAAUUUUAUAAUUCAACGAUUUUCGACUUUAGUCUUCAGAACGAUGUUGUACGUCUUUUGAUGCAAGUCGACCAGCCUUAUAUGGGACCAUUAGAUACUGUAUCAUUUAUUUUACCUGGCAUUCCAGAAAUUAAUUCGACAGUGCUCACCUGUGUUUGUGCAACUAAUCCGCGUUGUCAAGUUCAUGGAAAUUGGUUCGAUCGAUUCAAAAUGGCUAUGAGAAAUAUGAACAAACUUUUAUAUACCACUCUCAUUAAUCUAAACAUAUUUUCGUUGAAUGAUAUUGGUAGUAAUGUUGAUCCGAUAACGGCUAAACGUCUUGGUCGAUGGGCAACUCGUCUAUAUAUUGCUUUAUUCAUCGGUGGUCUUGGUAUUCUUACUAUAUAUAACCUAAUUCAACCAGAAAUGCUGACGAAAACGUUUGAUAAACCGUCUUUCAGUGUUUACAAGAAUCUGAAGCAGCUUCAUGGCGACAAAUUAAAAUGUCCAUGUUCAGUAAUUGCAUCAGCAUAUAGUCAAUUUAUAGAAAUUGAGCCGAUAUUUCAUGAGAUCUGCUCGAGUCCAUUCGCAUCGGAACAAUGGCGAACUGAUCUUACAGCUGGUCUUGUUUCUAAUUUGUCUAUUUAUGCACGAAGAGACUAUCGUCGUUUUCUUUCUGCUCAUUUACAAUUUCUCCAAGGAUUGUGUCAACUUUCCAAAGAUGCAGUAUACAAUUUGGUCAAUCAAAUUCGUACCUCAUUACUUGUCACUUCUGAACUUCUUUCAGAAACAAAUUUUAAUCAAACACUUCAAUCGUUGAUUGAGCAGAGUAAAUCAAAUGCUCCUACAAUAUUCCGUCAUCUUCUCUUCUUAAUUCGAACUAUCAAUCAUGGAAAUGCUUUCAUGUCAACAUAUGGAACAAAUUUCGAAUAUAUUGUACCCAAGAAUACAUCCAGUGAAUAUCAUACACCUACUCGAGCUCUAAUCUAUGAUGAUGAAUGUUCUUGUGGGUUAUGUUCGAAUUGCACAACUCAAGCAAAUUUUAUCACAUUCAAUUCUUCUGGAAUAACUUCAAUUCCAAUUAAAGGUUUAAAUGUAGGAUGUACACCAAGUGAAUCAUUUCGUGCUUCGACUCUUGAAUGUUUUUUUGAUCGUUCAUGUAUUGAUCUCAUUCAUCAAUAUACUAAUUACAGCAAUUCUCAUGAUCUUCUCUCUAUAAUGAAUAGUAGUUUUUUAAUUAACACUACAAUGGCUAAACUUAUUGACAGUCUAUUCAUUGAACGAUGGUCAACAAAAACAAAUUAUACAUCUUAUUUUGAGCAAUGUUUACCAUCGCGUUGUUCCUAUACUAGUGUUCAAAAGUUCAACUUAAUCGGUAUAAUUACUCUUUUACUUAGUCUUCAAGGUGGUCUCACAAUCAUUCUUAAAUGGAGUUGUCCUAAAAUAGUUCGGGUUGCAUCUAAAAUAAAUGAUUAUCGAAAAAAGCGAAGGAAUACUGUUCGUCCUGUGUGUGUUCUUGAAAAAACAUCCAGUGAUAUUUCCGACAUAACCACUGACAAUGUUACUACCAAUAUAGAGACAGAUUCAACACCUAAAACGUCUCCGACAAUUAUCGUUAAAUCACUUCGAUGUACUUCUAAGGUCGUUUUCAGAUGUGUACUAUUGACUUGUGUAAUAGCAGCUUUGGCUAUUUUUUCAUUUUAUAUGGUGCGACAAGCUUCCUCGAUCAACACGACAAAUGAUACUAAUUUGAAUCCAACAACAAAUACAACAAUGUCAACAUUUUCAAGCACAGCAACACCACUUUGCAAAUUAAACUUUCGAUCGAUAUCGAUGAACACAUCUAAUUAUGACAUUAUACCACAUGCAUUUGUUUCUGCUGAUUUUAACAACGAUAAUCGACUUGAUCUUGUGUUUUAUUCUGAAUUAUAUACGACUCUGUAUCUGCUGUUUGGAAAUGGUGAUGGAAGCUUUGGAGCAGAGAAUAUUAUUCCAAUGAAAAGUUUUAAUUUCUUGACUCAUAUUGAUGUUGGUGACUUCAAUAACGAUAAUCGAUUUGAUCUCGUUUUAGCCGGUAUAACCCAGCUUGGUAUUCUGCUUGGAAAUGGCAACGGAGAUUUCGGAGCUCUGAAUACACUAUCGCUGGAACCGGAAUGUACGCUAAUUGACAUCACUGUGGCUGACUUCAAUCAUGACAAUCACUCAGAUAUCGCUAUCGUUAGUUGGAGCAAUAAUAAUAUUUGUGUGUUUCUAAAAAGUAACGACAAUUUUUCAUCCCCAUUUAUUUUUUCUACUGGACAUAAUAGCCAGCCUCGAUCAUUAAAUGUCGGUGACUUUAACAAUGAUGGUCACUUAGAUAUUGCUGUAACCAAUAAUAAUGCUGUGAAUAUUGGUGUAUUUAUUGGGUGUGGUAAUGGGACCUUCGAGAUACAGAAGUGGUCUUUUACGAGCAUGAGUUCUAAUCCGAAUAAUAUAGCAGUUGGUGAUUUUGAUGGCGACACUUAUCCAGAUAUUGUUACUUCUAAUAUUGACGACAACCUUAUUUGUGUACUGUCUAAAUAUAAUAAUGGAGUUUUUGGUGGCAAACAGAAGUUUUUUAUAAAAUCUGUUUGGAGCACACCUUCAGUUGCUGUAGGUGACUUUAAUUGUGAUGGCUAUUUAGACAUCGCUGUUGGAACGACUAAUCCAUAUGGCAUAGAUGCGCUUCUCGGAUAUGGAGAUGGUCAUUUUGAUACGCAAACAAUAUUUCCGACUCAGCUGAUUGAUAAAAAUAUUAUGAUCGCUGUUCAUGACUUUAAUGGUGAUACUUAUCAAGAUAUAAUCGCUAUAGAUGGUAUCCUUAAUACUAUAGAUAUUCUUUUAAACAUAUGUGAAUGUUGUACGCGUGAAAUUCUCAAAAAAAGUAACUCCAGUCUCCCAUAA